AUAGCAUAGAUCACUUUUCACUUUCACUAUUAAGAAAUGACCAAGACAUGAAGCUUAAUUGAUCCUCAGUUAAUUUAUGUUGAUCCACAAUUAUUUGGUUGGAGUUUUUUUUUUAAAGUCAAAGUCAUUUAUUCCUACUUCUUAAAUGUGGAUAUUUGUUAGAAUCUUCACUUUUCUACUACAAUAAAUUGAAACCAGACGUUUGAGGAUGUUCUCUGGAGCUCUGGGAAACACUGACAUUUAGAGUCAAAUAAAAAAACAAUUAUACUUACAUAAAAUGUCAUUAACGUGUUGUCUCAAAACAGUCCACAUAAACUGUGCAAAUGUUAAACAGACAAACCUUUCAAAAUCUUAAUUUCUUAACCAAAUAACCAAUCGAAUAAUGGGGAAAAUAAUCAGCAAUGAAGAUCAGUGAUACUUGCAGCCAUCAUCUAAAAGCAGGAACAUUUAUUCAUUUUUCUAAACCCUUUUAUCACACUGGUGAUGAGAAUCAAACACUAAAGGUACAAAAAGUGGGGGAAGCAGCUUUAAAUAUUUAUUUAAUUUGAUGAAAUUCUAAUUUGAAGCUGAAUUCUCUGCUGGAUUCAGGUGAAUUUUCAUUAACUGCAUGCAGCAGGUAUUCAUAAUACUACCUGGAUCAUCAUGCAUUAUCUAUACAGAUGAUUUUUACCAUCUGUAGUGUCACCUUAUAUUAUCAGACCCACCAGCAUCUCAGUGGUCAGUCUUGUUCCCGACUAGUGCCAUAUGGGAGAGAGACACUAGAUUAAGUGUAGACCUACAUAGCUGCAGACCUGGAGCUCCACAAUCUGAUUAAACAAGAGUGAGCACUCUGCAGCACAUGUAGCCUGACACACUAUUUUAAAGCUUUUAUUUUUGAAAUAGUCUUGAUUUCACUGGCACUGAAUUGUGAAAAUGAUCCAACAGUUGACACAACUUAUUAAAAUCCUUUGCAAAGCAGCACCGCUCAGGUUUACAAAGCAGAGACACAGCGAUAACCAAUCAGGUGAGGCUGGUGCUUUGAUGGACGUGUAUUUCUCCCUGUAACGGAGAGGCUGUGUUAAGAGGGCGGGGUUUAAAGUUGAGGUGUUGUUUAUAGACCUGAGUUUGACGGCAGCAAGUGUGCGUCUCCAGUUUCGUGGAGCUGUUUGGUUCGGAUUCAACUUCAGCAUGGAAUACAGUCAUAACUUUUAAACUCUGGAGGAUUUCAGUCUUGUAUCCUGAAGAAUCUGCUCAUCUAGUAAGUGAGUAACAUUUCUUUAAUAUGCACCUUUUGUUCUGCUGGAGGGCUGCGUUUGGCACGAGUGAAGUAUUGAGCAAUUUGCUUGGCAUAAAGUUCCUGCUGUGUCUGUGUCUGUAUGGGCAGAACGAAAGAAACUCUGUGACAAGCUCUGACUGGAUGCUGUAGUUAUGAAUAAUUAGGCUACUUUCAGAACUAAAUUCAUGUUAAACUAUAAUUUCUUUUAUUUACUGGCAUGCUUUUUUAGGAUCAAUACUGAAAAUGUUUCUUAUUUCACAAUGUUCUAAAACUUUGUUCAGAACAUGAUUUCACUAAAUGUCUUUUCCCUGCCAGAAUUCCUUUUUUUUUUUUUUUUAAAGAAAUGUGUCAUAUUCUAGGUUCACAGAUUCCACAGCCUAAGAGUGUCUUCACUCAUGACUCACUGUGUGUAAUCAUCUUGACUAUUUUCCUGAUUGUCUUUGACUUACAAGAUACAUUACUUGCACGCUCUUUUUAUUUCAGGAAAGAUGGAGAAGGAUUUAUCAUCGCCGCCCUCUGCUGUCACCACCCAGGGGUCAUGCCCUGUCCUGGAUGGAUCCUCUUGUCCCCCCACUGCACAGAUUCCUCCUUCACCAGCCUCGGCUGCUCCCUCCCAGCGAAACAAAUCAACAUCCUCUUCAGAAUCAAAAAAGUCAUCUCCGCCACCAUCCACACAGACUAAACCGAUGGAUUCCCCUCCAUCUUCAGAUAAGUCAAAACCAUUCUCUCCUAAACCCACAUCUACGACUGUUCUAACUAAACCUCCUGUCCCUGCUCCAAACAAAACACCACUUACUGCUACUCCCAACACCACCACUCCUCAAAUCCCCAAAACUUCAUCCUUUUCCAAGCUCAAAUCGGCCUCAUUUGCAUCAUCCUGUAGCACAGAUUCGCCUCCUCCUUCCCCCACUACAGCUUCUCCAUCUUCUUCCACUCCACCUACCAAACGUACCUUUGCCUCCAUGGCCAAGAAGGUGAUAAUGCAGGAAAGACUUAGAAAGGCAGAGGAAGAGGAUGCCAACGAAGAUGAAGACGAUGAGGAACCAGAGGAGGAUUUGUCUGUGGAGCAGAUAGAGGAGAAGGCAAAAGCUGGUGAUGCCAGAGCUCAGCACCGAUUGGGUCAGCACUAUUUGAUUAUUGCUGAAGAGAAGGAUACAGAAUCAAAUAAUCGGGUGGCUGUUAACUGGCUGAUUAAAGCGGCUAAACAGGGAAGAAAGGGUGCAGCGAGACUCCUGCAGCGCUGCUGGAUCCAGAAAAAAGGAAUAACUCUGGAGAAUGAGGCUGACGUUCGCAAGUUGUCGACAGAGAGUAAGUUUGAGCUGGCAGUACGCAAGGCGGCCAUGAUGAUGUACUGGAAGCUCAACCCAGACAGGAAGACGAAGGUGGCUGUGUCUGAGAUGCUGGGAAAUGUCAGCCAAGUCCAGGCGGUGCCGGGUGGCACUGCAAGCCGGAUUCCUGGCCCGACUUCAGGCCAGACCCAGAAAGUGCUGGAAAGCAUGGUCAGCAGUGAAUCCAGACAGUUGGUGGAUCUGGAUGACUUUGUUGAGAUGACAAAAAAGUACGCACAAGGCCUCGUCCCCUCUAGUCCCCAAAGUGGCAACCAGGUCACAGCCAAAACAGAAAGAGCUGCACCGCAUGAUCAUGGCAGGGAGCACAAGACUGAGCUCAUCCCAUCAGGAUACAGGAAGUCCCACAGAAAUUCUUGGAGUUUUGGAGGUGGGAUGAUGCUGGACAGGAAGCAGACUGGUGCCAUUCAAAAAGCCAUGGAUGUGAAAUCACGCUUAAUGAUGCUGCAGUACCCAUUGCAUGCAGUUGUUGAGAUGAAGGAGCACCUUGUUGACUGGGCGUCGCGGGCCGGUGUCCAGUGGCUGAGCACGGUCAUCCCCACGCAACACGUCAACGCGCUCAUUUUCUUCUUCAUCAUCAGCAACCUGACAGUCGACUUGUUUGCCUUUGUUAUCCCUCUGCUCGUUUUCUACCUCUCCUUCAUCUCCAUGAUCAUCUGCACUCUGCGCGUUUUCCAGAGCAGCAAGACGUGGGAGAACUUCAGUGCCCUGACUUCUCUGCUGACACGUUUUGAGCCUGGCCUAGAUGUGGAGCAAGCAGAGACAAACUUUGGCUGGAACAACCUGGAACCAUACCUCUAUUUCAUCCUCUCCGUCUUCUUCGUCAUUUUCUCCUUCCCCGUGGCAGACAGGAACUGGAUCCCCUGUUCUGAGCUCUCCACCGUGGCCGUCUUCUUCACUGCUGUCAGCUUCCAGAGCCUCAGUCCAACCGCUGCAACAUAUGCACGCCGGGCGAUGGCCAUAGAGGUAGCCUCGUCUCUGUGUUGCCUGACCCAUUUCCUGCCGGAGCACAUGACAGUGCUUCGUUUACUGGGACACACCUUCUCCACGCUGCCACUUGGAGAGUCUGUAGUGCUGAAGCUCAGUCUCCCUUGCCUACUGUACCUCUACCUGUUCUACCUGUUCUUUAGCAUGGCAAAGAUGCGUGGUUUCCGGGGGAUUUACUGCUUCUUGGUUCCAUACCUCGUGUGCUUCAUGUGGUGUGAGUUCUCAGUGGUGCUCCUCCAGAACUCCACCCCCGUGGGUCUGAUCCGCACUUGCGUGGCCUAUUUCCUCUUCCUGUUUGCACUGCCUGUCCUGGCGUUUGGUCUUGCCACCAUGCUCUUCAUCCAGAUCUUCAAAUGGUUCCUUGAGCUGGAACUGACAAAGGUGAUCGUGACCCUGGUAGUCUGCGCCAUUCCUGUCACCCUGCGGCUCUGGACGCGGUUCAGCAUGUCUAUCCUGGAUGUCUUCCGUUCAUUGACGCACCGCGGCCCAGUCAAACUCAUCCUGCUCUGCAUCUCCAUGGUGAUCCUGUUCUUCUCCGUCUAUGUGUACCAUGCAGAGGGGCAGAAGGUGUACAACUCCACCCUGACCUGGAACCAGUACAGCCAAGCUUGUGGGCCUCCUGCCUGGGAAACCAAAGGCAUGGCCCAAACACAGAUCUUUUGUAGCCACCUGCAUGGACACAGAGUCACCUGGGCCGGGCGAUUCAAGCAUGUCCGUGUGGCAGAGACAGAAAACGGUGCACAGUCUGUCAUCAACAUGUUGCCAGUGUUUAUGGGUGAUUGGCUGCGCUGCUUGUACGGUGAGACGUAUCCCAAAUGCGAGCCAAAGAACGCAACGGUUGCAAAUCUGACAGCUGCGGGUGCGGCAGCAGGUUCUCCAUCAGCAACUGUUCCGCUGCCUGUAUUGCUUCGAAUGCAAGAGGAGGAUGAGUUGUGUCAGAUCAAGACUCUGGCCAAACACACCUGCCACGUCAAGCGCUUCGACAGCUACCGAUUUGAGGUUACGGUGGGGAUGAUCCGGGAUGGAAGUGGAGAGACAGAAGACCCAGCCAGAGAUAUGAUCUUGAUGGCCAGCCACGAGUUCAGACAAGUUCUGCUAAAUCUGAGUCCUGGUCACAUGGUGGAGUUCAGCACCAAGCUGGAGGGCCGUCUGGGAGCCAAAGCUCCGGCCUUCGAGCUGAAGGCCAUCCACUGCCUGGACUGUGCUUCUUCACUGCUGACUGGAGGCAGACAGGUGAAGAUAGAGAGAGACUGGAGGCGAACCACAAUGAGAGCCCUGAAGUUUGCAUUUGAUUUCUUCUUUUCUCCGUUUCUGUCAGCAAAAAUCACCGCCUGACCAGAAAAACAAGACAGGGAAGCUAAAGUAAUAAUGGUUACUUGAAUCUCUUCAGGACGUCAGCCUUUUUUUGUGCUGUGGUUUUCACGUUACAAUUUAACUUAUAAAAUUGUUUACAAAUUGAUCUGUGGAUCUAAAGCUCAUAUUAAUGUACUGGCAUUUCAGGAAAGCAAUCAUUUCUCUGAAAUCUUUCAGUAUUUUUGAUAGUACUUCGUGUUAGUGCAUGAGUUUACAAAGAUUUUACUAGGUCAGUUCCUGUAAAGUAGUUCAAAGAUGUUUAGAUGCCGACUUUUGCUAGAGACCCUAUUCGUUACAUUUUAAAAUCCCUUCAUUUUGCAGUCAAAGCAAAAAGCAAAUACAUUUCCUGCACUGUUAUAAAGAAAAAAAAAUAAAUCCUGUAAUUUGAUGGUGCCAAAUAAUAUGCAGGGAAACUAAUGCUGGGUGCUGACCACCUCUGAAUGUGAGAGAUACUGUACAUUUGUCAAAAAUAGCAUAUUUCCAGAGUGAAAUUUAUCUUUGAUCAAACAUUCAACAAAAUGUUGUUGCUGCUGCUUUUGUAUUUCUGAAAUUCUUACGUGUAUGGUGACUAUGUUUGCACGUAUUGUCUGUGUGUUUUUACAUAUUUAAAUGCAGACGUAACUAUUUAUUUAUAGGUAUUAAUUAUAUAUAGUGAGCUGUUGGCCAAUAUUCUCUUGCUUUCUGGUCUUAAAGCUUCUGGUCUUAGGCCUAUUUUUAAGGGGUCAGAUUUUCCUGUGCCUGGAGCUAUUUGCUUAUAAUAGUUUUUAGUAUACCAACAUAAAACAUUAUUUUGUUAAGGCUUUCAGUAAGCCUGCGGACUUUCCCCCUGGAGCUGCAGUAUCAUUUCACAUUACACACUCUCUCACCAAAGUGCCACAAGUUCUGGUGUUGUAGUCAAACCGCAUAUCUGUGUAAGUUAAGAUUGAGUUGUACAUGGAAUUUUCUUAAAAUAUUCAUCACUAGUCCUCACAUAACUAGGUUUUUUUUUUAGCCAACAAAAGAUUUGUCUAUAUUCAUUCCAUAGUGAUACAGUAUUAGUGGUGGAAAUAUUAAAACUGAUGUGAUUGCUGCAGCGUACAGGAGGCCUUUACACGUUAAGCCUAGAGACAUUUAUCUCCAUAUCUCCAGAUUUGUUAUUUUUGAGGUAAGGAUAUAUAUUUUAGAAACAAAAUUCUGCUAUUCUCGUUAAGCCAAGAUAACUGGAUUUAUGAUUAACUUCAUAUUUUCUGAAAAUUAAGGGUAAGAAAGCUGAAAAUGAGGUGUGUUUUUUAGAUACAUGUUCUUUACAGGAGAGCAACACUAGUUGUGCAUGAAAAUCUUUUCACUUUUACACUCUGUUAAACUGUAACCUCAGAGUACGUUUGAAGGACGACCGCUGAUGUUGAGUCUGUGUACUGUGAAUGUGAGUGCCUUUGUAUCUACUGACAGAGUUACUGGGGUCAGUUAUUAUUAAAGUGCUUGACUCUGAAACUAAA